AUGGCGCGCCCAAAAACAGUUCGCGCCCCGACUACGGCCAGUCUUCCAAACAAUCUCCGCAUCCCCUCAUCGACCCCCUCGCUCUCAAAAGUCCUCGGCAAACUAUCCAGGCAAGCCCUCUUGGACCUGGCAUUCCUAUGGCUCGACGAACGCAACAUUGCCGCAUUCCCACCCUACUUGCAACACGACGAGGAAAACAGACCAGACGAUGAUGAAGCCCUCCCCUACCCCGCCGCAGAGACAGUCGAAGAGGUUCGCCAGACAUACGAAGACCUCGAAGAUCGAAAGGGUGGCAAGCGGGAGGUCCUGGAACGGAUCCUAGAAGGCGAUUGGCGACAUGGAAUCACCUUGCGACAACUCGCAAUGGCAGACCUACGCUACAUGGACGACCACCCAGCCAGUCUUCGAUGGACAGCACUAGAGCUCAGUCGGAUUGGCACAAAACAGAAACAACCGGAAGAUACUCCAUCAGCCGACUGGUCCGGCUCGGUACCUCGAAUGCAAGCUGCAACCUUUGUUCAAAGUCUCCAGCGAGAAAUCUCCCCGCUGGUCAAAGCACAUUACCACCUCGGCCGCUCAGGAACACUCCCUCUGACAAUCUUGCGGAUAUUCGUGGUUGACUCUCCGUACCAGUCUCCACGACAGGCGGCUGAGAUCUUCACAGACUCCUCGCGUGUCAUCUACGUCGCUUUCCCAGACAGCUGUCCUUUCGUAUAUACAUCUAUUACGGCAUCUACAGGAUCAAAAGCCGCUCCGGCACCAAGCUCUGUUGCAACUGAUACCCGAACCCUUCAGCGCCUGGUGCGCGACUCCAUCCCGAAGGCUCUCUCCAGACCGCAAGAGAGGUUCACCUUGAAGGCUACAUCGCUGGCAGCGAAGAACCUGCCAACACUCCUUGCACUCCGUGGUCCUGGACGAUCCGUAUCCGCAAAUGGAGCGUUUAGUGUAUUUGCCGAUGCGGUCAUUGAGGGAAGUCCCUUAGAUCCUCGACCUUCAAAUACAGUCACACCAGAAGAACAUCUCAAAACAAGUCACCUAUCUACCACAGAAGAAGAAAAUGACAAGGAAACCGGCAAUUUUGGAGAAGGCUUCUCAAAACGCAAGUCCACUGGGAAUGACAUAACCCCCUUGUCUCCAAUGUCAAAAAAGCGCUGCCUGGCCAUUCAUUCCAGAUUCGGGACGUCGAAUUCAACACUAGCCCCUGCGCCACUGGAUCGACUUGAUAUCCGGAUCCUCGAUAAACCAGGCUCAGAGGACUCAGGCGAAGCUGAGGAUUCGUCUGCUUCAACUCUCCCAGCAAUAUCCCUUAAUUUCGCCGGCUCGGAUGUCAUCAAUGGAAUCCGUAAGCUCGCGGAGCUAGGUAUCAUCGACCCGGAGCGUAUGCCAUCGUGGAUGACCGGUGAAGAGGGGAUAAGUGUAGCGACUAUUAAAAACGGGCGACGACUCCAAAAGAGUGAAUAG